AAGACUUUGGAGGAAGAAGGAAGCCUCUCUUGGAAACUUGAGGACAUGCGGCGGCGUCCUCAGCGAACUUUCCGCCAGCAGAACUCCCUCCAGAACCGAACCGAGCCCAGAAGAAUGAAGUGAGCAGCGCAGCAAGAGCCGUUCACUUGCAUUGAUUCCAUAUUGAGGAAAGAUGCAGGCAGUGCCCGCAACUUUUGUCCUGAUGAUCUGCAUCCUCAGUUUGGACGGCUUCGUCUCCUCAUCUGGCCGGGAGCGGCACCAGAAUGAUGGGAUGCCGCCGCCAAAGCCCAGCAAGCAGCCGCAUAUCAUCUUCAUCCUCAUCGAUGAUCAGGGAUUCAACGACAUCGGCUAUCACAACCCCGCCAUCAAGACCCCCACGCUGGACAAGCUGGCGGCAGAGGGCGUCAAGCUGGAGAACUACUACGUCCAGCCCAUCUGCACGCCGUCACGCAGCCAGCUCCUCACUGGAAGGUCUGAACUCCCCGAUUGUGGACAUCUUUUCCAUGUAGGCUCUUCUAGACCAGAACUUGUGGGUGUUCCCUGCAGGUAUCAGAUCCACACGGGUCUUCAGCACUCCAUCAUCAGGCCGAGCCAGCCCAGCUGUCUUCCUCUGCACAUGGACACGCUUCCCGAGAGGCUGCGCCAGGCCGGAUACGCUACGCACAUGGUGGGGAAGUGGCACCUGGGCUUCUACAGGAAGGCGUGCUUGCCCACCAGGAAGGGCUUUGACACCUUCUUCGGAUCCUUAACAGGAAGUGUGGACUACUACAGUUAUGGCUCAUGUGACGGCCCGGGCCUGUGCGGCUACGAUCUCCAUGACAAUGAGGGUGUGGCCUGGGGUCAGGAGGGGAAGUACUCCACCACACUCUUCACUCAGCGAGCUCGCAAGAUCCUGGAGAGCCAUGCCCCCCGCGAGCGACCUCUCUUCCUGCUUCUGUCCCUACAGGCUGUCCACACGCCGCUGCAGCCUCCAAAGUCAUACAUCUACCCAUACCGCCACAUGGCCAACGUGGCCAGGAGGAAGUUUGCCGCUAUGGUGUCCACGGUGGAUGAGGCGGUGCGUAAUGUCACCUACGCUCUGAGGAAGUACGGAUUCUACCGCAACAGCGUCAUCAUCUACUCCACCGACAACGGUGCACAGCCCUUCACUGGUGGCAGCAACUGGCCGCUGAGAGGCCGCAAGGGGACGUAUUGGGAGGGCGGCGUCCGAGGCGUGGCAUUCGUGCACAGCCCGUUGCUACGACGCAGGAGGCGGGUGUCCAAAGCUCUUCUUCACAUCACAGACUGGUUUCCCACGCUGGUGGGCCUCGCCGGGGGCAAUGUCAGCCAGAGUCUGGACGGCUACGACGUGUGGUCUGCCAUCAGCGAAGGGAAGAAGUCGCCUCGUCAAGAGAUCCUCUACAACAUCGACCCCCUGCACAAGCCUCCUGCACCCGCCGCCACCUGGGAUGCCAGUGCAGAAGGAGCACCAGUGGCUCCAUCAAAGGCUGCGGGCUUAAAAAAGCCAAAGAAGAAGAAGAUAGAGAAGCUUCGAAAGCAGCGACCAAAGCAAAAGUCAGCCUUCAAGCUACCAAAAUUCAACCUCAAAGCCAAAAACAAACAAAAGCUGCAGUCCAAGUCCCUCAAGCCUCAUCUCAAGGUCCAGUCCGCCUUCCACAACCUGUCAAUCACACAGACAUCCCACCACAAACAGCCAGGGAUUUUCAGUUCAAAAUCCAGAAGGACGACGUCCCAGGAGCAGAACCUGUCAUGGCCACAGACGACAAAGACCAAACUCAGGCUGCAUCUCAAGUCCAAGAGGACGUUUUCUCAGCAGAAUGUGUCCCAGCCAGACAAAAACAUCCUGCCCACCCCACCCCAGUCUGUUUGGGACACAUCGGUCCAGGCGGCUAUCAGAGUCGGAGACUGGAAGAUGCUAACUGGAGACCCCGGCCAUGGAGAGUGGGUCCCGCCACAGGUUCUGCCAACGCUGCCGGGCCGCUGGUGGAAUCUGGAAAGAGCCUUCUCGGCCCUCUACAGAACCUUUAAGCAAAAGAACAUCUGGCUCUUCAACAUCAGCGCCGACCCGUACGAGCGGCGGGACCUGGCAGAGCAAAGACCAGACGUGGUCCAGCAGCUGCUGUCCCGCCUGGCCUACUACAACCGGACCGCUGUACCAGUCUACUUCCCGCCAGAUGACCCACGCGCUGACCCCAGCCUGCACGGCGGUGCCUGGGUACCGUGGGUAGAGGAGGAAGACGAUGAGGAAAAAUAUGAGGGCAUCUACAAGAAGGUCCAUGAGAAGAACAAGAAGAAGAGGAAGAAGUGUCGACUCUGCAAGCUCAAGGCCUUCUUUCUAAAACUCAACACCAGGAUCAUGUCCAGUCGCAUUUGAUUGCAACAUGGAACCGCUUUCAGGUAGAUCUAGUGUUUACAUGGUACACUUGGACUUUUAUUUGUGACACUAAUGUGAAUGUGGAGACAUUUUUAUCAUAACAUUAGGGAUGGACAUUUGACGAAAUUGACAGAAUUAUAAAAUAAACCAUUGAUUGUAAUGCUUGAAUGGUGGAGUAGUGUCAAAGCUUACGUUGACAUUCCAAGAUGUUUGUGAAUGCUUUUCCACUGACAGAUGUUUGUGAUUUAUGUCACACAAACAUGCGCGUUGUAGUUUUUACAUCAACUAAACAUUUCAAAAGUUAAUUCUCUGACAUAUUUUGAGAUUAAAGUAAACCAAAAUAUUAGAAACAGCCCAGGAGUAAGUUUUCCACUGUGAAAAUAAACAUUACACCACGGAGUCUUUGACUAAUAUCGCCUAUUUUAUUUGUGCCAAUGUAUACAACACUGUCAUCAUAUGCAGUUAUCUGCUUAUUUUAAUUACGGUAGUUUUUUAACAAGUCAGUUUUUUUAAGAAAAGGAGCGCUGUAUUCAUUUGACCGUUAGAUGGUGCUAGAUGUCAAGGCUCAUUGUGGCGCCGUAAACACACACUAAUUACAUCCUCCACAGAGAAAUAAUUUCAUGUGUUAAGACAAAAGGGGUACUCCGGUUUCCUCCCACAUUCCAAAAACAUGCAUGUUAGGUUAAUUGGCGACUCUAAAUUGUCCAUAGGUAUGAAUGUGAGUGUGAAUGGUUGUCUAUAUGUGCCCUGCAAUUGGCUGGUGACCAGUCCAGGGUGUACCCCGCCUGUCGCCCGAAGUCAGCUGGGAUAGGCUCCAGCAUACCCCCGCGACCCUAAUUAGAAGCGUCAUAGAAAAUGGAUAAAGACAAAGGGGAUUGUCAUCCACAGGAUUAAAGUCAUUCAAAUCCAACGAUGCUGACAAACUGCAGCUUUGAGGAAUCUCAACUAUCACUGAUUUGGCUAAUCUAAGAUUAAAUACAUAUUUCAGUGUGCAGUCAUUAAAAUUGAGACAGCCACAGGGCAUUUUAUAUAUACACCGUAAUAUAUAACAUACAUAUGAAUUUAUUACACUGCCUAAGUUUCUUUACCCUUGUGUAACAGCUAAGCAAGUUAAAAUUAAAGUUGGAGGCACCGUUGUGCAGGAAGUAGACCUUAGGUCUAAUGUUUGUGUAUAAAAGGACAAAGGAAAAAAACAGAAGAAAAAAGUCAGUGGUGGAAACAUGUAAUGCCCUGGAUGUUUAUUUCAUGAGUGACACCUUCGCCUCACUGUGCUGAAGUGUCGACACAAGCAGACAAAUCAACAAGCGGCCUCUGGAGUGGGCUAGGCGGAGGAUGGGGGAUACAGACAGAAAAAGAAAAUAACUACAAGUAGCCGUGUUCAGUACCAAACUCUUCACAGAAGAGAAGUUCUGCUUUGUUUUGUCCUGCUGCCAAAAAUGAAAGGCACCCUUGAUGCGUCCCAGUCUUCAAGAGUCAGUUGAUUUUAUUUCAUUUGUCAAUAAAAUGUCGCUU